AUGGCACUCGGCUUGAGCAAGUUGAAAACACUGGGUCUCAGUAUCCUAGUCUUUGGGAUUCUGGUCGCAGGAUUUGACCAGCCAGAUGACACAAAACAACGCUUCCAGUUCAACAUUACAGGCACGCGAGUCUUGGGGUUGUUGAUGGUCAUAUUCUUUGUAUCAAACUUCAAGUCGAUGCCCUUUGUCUGGACAUUCCGUGUUCUGUGCACUAUUACAUACCACACCGUCCUCCGCAAAUCACCGCAAUUGGGCCCCAAAGCUCUCUUCAAGCCUAUCAUCGCCACGACUUCCACUUCUCUCCUCGAAGUCGAUUAUUACCUGCACAAGUCCAACUCGACAUACUUCGCCGACCUUGAUGUUGGGCGCGCGCAUUUAAUCGCAUACCUCUUCCGCCGUGGCUUCCAUCGAUUAUCCAAUAACACCAAGCUCGGAAUAGUUCUUGAUCCAAAGACCGGAACUCCGAUGGGCGGAAGACUCGGGAUAAAUCUUGGCGCCGUUGAAACCUGCUUCCGACGCGAGAUCACAGCGUUCAAACAAGUUGAGAUGUGGAGUUAUGUCUUGACUUGGGAUCGGAAGUGGUUAUACAUCGUCACACAUUUCGUGCCAAAGCGUACAGCACUUCCGACAGAGUGGCUUGAUCCGCAGUUUGCGAGAACGGCGACAAGGCCGCUGCUCAAAGACUCUGGCGAUUUGAGCAAGAAGGUAUACGCUACGGCUUUGAGCAAGUAUGUUUUCAAGUUGAAGCGCCUGACUGUGCCGCCAUCAACGGUGCUGGAGGAGGCUGGUCUGCUGCCGACACGGCCUGGAGGAUGGGCAAUUGGCGAGCAUGACCUGGAGGCGUCGGGCCCAGAUAUUUCGGAUGUUGGUAUUAGCAAAGAUGGCGAAUGGGAUUGGCGACGGGUUGAAGCUCAAAGAAGGAGGGGAAUUGAGUUGAUUAGCAAGCCGAACCAUCUUGACUUAAUCCAUGAUGGCUUUGAUGGGGGUAGUGAUGGAGCAAUUGGCCGGUUCAGUCCAGGAUAG